AUGACUGUUGUAGAGCUACAGAAGGAUGAAGAGGAGUUGGCACAUCUGGGUGAUGACACAGUCGUGGACUCUGGAUACCGGGAAGCCAGUGAUGUCAGCAUAACUCAUCCGUAUUACGACAUUGCCCGCCAUGGCAUCAUCCACGUGGCUGGUGACGACAACUCCGGGAGGAAAGUCAUCACCUUCAGUUGCUGCUAUCUGCCCCCCUGUCACGAGAUCGACCAUGUCCGACUGCUGGAAUACCUCAAAUAUACGUUAGAUCAGUAUGUGGAAAACGACUACACCGUCAUCUACUUCCACUACGGCUUGAGGAGUUGUAACAAGCCCUCGCUGAGCUGGCUACAGAGCGCCUAUAAAGCAUUUGACAGGAAGUACAAAAAGAAUCUGAAGGCCCUGUACGUCGUUCAUCCAACCAACUUCAUCAAAGUCCUCUGGAAAAUAUUCAAGCCGGUGAUAAGCCACAAGUUUGGCAAGAAAAUUCUGUACAUGAAUCACUUGAGCGACCUACAGCAGCACCUGCGAUUCAACCGGCUGAUCAUUCCGAAGGAAGUAUUGCAACACGAUGAAAAGCUCCGCAUCCAGCAAAAAGGAAGGAUACCGGCAAUCACCAAAGCCCCUCCGCCGCGACCGCCGCUACCCAUGCAGCAGUUUGGGGUCACUCUUCAAUAUCUUAAGAACAAAAACAAUGGGAAGCUGAUCCCGCCGGUUAUGGAACAGACGAUAUCCUAUUUGAAACUGAAAGGCAUGCGGGCGGAGGGUCUAUUCCGAAGAUCGGUCGCUGUUCACAUCAUUAAAGACAUCCAGAAGCUGUAUAAUCUCGGAAAACCAGUGAAUUUGGAUGAAUACGGAGAUAUUCAUGUACCUGCGGUCAUCCUGAAGACCUUUCUACGUGAACUCCCGGAACCUCUGCUGACCUAUGCCUCAUACCGGCCUAUCCUGGAGAUCGCCAAUGUGGAGACCAUUCUACGUGUCAACAGCUGCAAACAAAUCGUACAUCAACUCCCGGAACAUAACUACGCCGUCCUGAAGUAUCUCAUGUGCUUCCUAAACAUGGUAUCUCAGGAAAACAUCAACAACAAAAUGACCGCUUCCAACCUGGCCUGCAUAUUCGGUUUGAAUUUAGCGUGGCCUCGGGAAGGAACGCCCUCGCUGAACGCGUUGGUACCGGUGAAUAUGUUUACAGAGCUGCUCAUUGAGCACUAUUCCACCAUCUUCAACACCAGGACGGUCCCUGGAGAGUCGCUGCCCUGACCCGCAUGGCGGAUGUUAAUAGCGAUCUCGCACAAAUGAGAUGACGAUUAACGUUCUCCGCUACCCUUCUCCACCUUGUAAAGAUGUUACAGAAAUUUGCACUCGGAAAGGUCACGGAUUGAAUAUUUAUAUAUGAGAUUAUGUUACAAAGUUAUUUCAUGAAGAUGUUUUUAUGUAAAGAGAAAAUACUGCUAACAAAUGUCCUCACUGUGAUUUAUCUGCUCCCAGUAGCCAACUGGUUUUGAAGGACAGCUCAGAAUUCUGAAGCCAAAAUGAGGCGGAGCUAUAAAUAGAGGGUGGGGCUUCAUGAUUUGGAGGCGUGGCUUGGGAACGGCCUGUGUGGAUGUCAUGAUGGAGUGCUAGGGGUAUUAGCCGUUUGUUGGGACCCCCUCUCAAAUCACACCCUCUAGAGGUCUGACCUAAUGAGACUUGGGGGUAUAUUUGCCAAACAACGAUUCUCCGCAUCUUUGACCGCUGAAUUUAAGACGGCAAUUCUAGUAAAUUCUUCAUCAGGUUGGUUUCGCAUCUAUUGCUGUUGCGGUAUUAAAUCCAGCAGUCAAAGCUGCCAGGCAGUAAUGCGCCAUUUUGAAAAGCUGCUGAUAAAUAAAUAUACCCCGUGGACAGUGGACACAUCUUCAGAUCUACUUGAGGAGAGGGCUGGAUUAAAGAUGCUGGAUGAGUUGACCAUCAGCACUGUCUGUCAAUUUUGAUUGGUUGCUUUUGUAUUGACCCCUCCUGCACUUUAUUCCUUUGCACCACGGUUAUAUCAUAUCGAGUCAUGGCUAUUAUUCAUGUUAUUUAUGCGCCGUUCCAUCUGCGCUGCUGCAACAAAAGAAGAUUCCGCUUUAAGUUAUAAGUGGUAAAUGAUUGGCCGUGGGGGGGUGUUCCUAUUUUAUUACAUUUUAUAUUGAAAAUUUGAUUCUUGCAUUUAACACUGUUCUUUCUUAUGCAUAUACUUCAUUCCAUUCUAUUGUGUACAAAUAGGGUAAUGCAGCGUUCCCAUUUACUAACACUGUCAUCACUGUUAUUGUGUGGUGUAAGCGUACACAUUUCUAUACCUGAUGUAUUAUUGACGUGUUGGGUAUAUGAUCCUGGCGGUCAGAAUACCGACACCAGCAUGUAAUUGGUUGACAGCGACUUAGGUCAACACUGUUAAAAGGUCAACAUGUUUAAAUGAUCGACAUUUCAAUGGUCAGCACAAAAAGGUUGACACUUUUUUUUUUCUGUUUUAGUCCAAACCUAAACCUGACUCUGCCCGUAGUGCCUAACUACUAACCCCCUCCCUCCCACAGCCUUACCCCAAUCCUCCCCCAACUUGCCUUACCCUAAAUCUUAUCCUAACCUUCAAAAUUAUGAAAAAUCACAUAAAAAGUACAUUAAAAAAAAUUACACCUUAAUUGUGUCGACGAUUUAAAUGCAGAAUUUUUAAACCUGUCGACCUUUUAACCAUGUUGAUCUAAGUUACUGUCGACCAAUUACCCUGUCGACCUAAUGUCACUGUUGAUCUACCAUCCAAAUACCUUUUGAAGUUGGAGGUAUCUUGAAAGAGACACAACAUGCUUUCAAUACUAUUAAAGGUGGGAAAUACUAUGACUUUGUGUACAUUGUGUAUGAUUUAGAAUCAUACACAGUAUUAAAAGUUGAAGAAGCAGUUCUAGAGCUGUAAAAUGAUUCCAUCAAGUGGAAGGUGUUCCAAACCUGCUUUCUAUGAACCGCAGUUGCAACUGCGACAUCUGCAGGCUAAACUCAAGUACUGCAUGCCAUUAAAAAGAAAAUCCUAAUGUAACACACGUGUGAAAUAUUUAAAAAAAAAACUUCACAGUUCACUUACAUUUAGUUUAAUACAAUAUAUUUAAAAACCUAACUUUACAAAGGAAGAUUUCUAAAUUCUAUAUACUGUACUAUGCCCUUCAGCUUCUUAAUGUUGGCAUGGAUUAAAGCCGUCUUCAUAAGUCGCUAGAGCACCUCGGAAUCUGCUGCCUUUUCAUUUCCAAAUAAUUACAGUACAUAAGAGUGUCAUCAGACCAAAUGGAGGUAAUAGUUAUUAAUACAAACACUUAAAGAAACCUACAAGGUCGCUUUUAGCGUGUUCUAGAAGACAGAAAUUGCUUUGAGUCAGCAGCACUUAAGACCAAAGCUGGCAGGAAUCAACUAUGUUUCUGCUGUCUAUUUAUUUGCCGGUUAAAUAAAGUUGUAUUUGAAUUGAA